AUGGAGAACAGCCCGUGCACAGCAUUCCCAGGUGACGCCCACCGUGCACAGCACGAAAUGGAAUGCGAAAUGGAAAUACAUGACGAUGGAACAAAAUACUGGACACCACCAACAACAAAAGAAAAAACACCGUUCGAAGGACAGCGAUUCAAAACAGUUGAAGACGGAAUUCAAUUCUACGAGGAGUAUGCUAAGGUUGCCGGAUUUGAUGUUAGGCAUGGAUCAAAACGCAAGAAUCGAUUCGGGCAAGUGUCAAUAAAAUACAUGCUGUGCUCACGCGAGGGUUACAAGGCUGAACGGAAGGAACCCAACAAUAGCUCAACAGUAAAGCAGAGACGGCGGAGAGUGUCCAACAGGAUAGGCUGUAAGGCACGCAUGGUAAUGACAAAGAGUGACAAAGGCGGAUAUAAAGUACAUGCAAUCCAACUAAGACAUACCCAUUGUUUAUGCUCAGAUGCGGCUAAAGCUUUUUUAAAGAUAAAUAGGCAACUUGACAUCGGCCACAAAACCUUUCUGGCUCACUGUGCAAAGGCAAAUAUCGGACCCACAAAAGCUUUCAGAUUGUUCAAAGAGAUGGUGGGGAGUUUUACAGAUGUAGGAGCAACAUGCAUCGACUUUUGCAAUUUUAGACGGGACCUAUUGGCCUAUAUAGCUGAGGCCGACGCCCAAAUGGUGAUAGAAGACAUGUUCAAAAGAAAAGAGGAUAACCCGGACUUCUAUUUCGAUUUCGACAUAGACGAAGAAGCACAAUUAACAAGGUUAUUCUGGGCGGACGCCGAAUGUCGAAGGAAUUAUGCAUAUUACGGCGAUGUCAUGUCAUUCGACGCCACAUACAGUACAAACAGGUACAAGUUAGUGUUCGUCCCUUUCACAGGGGUUGAUAACCACAAAAGGUGCAUAACAUUCGGGGCCGGGUUGAUUGCGAAAGAAGAUGUAGAGUCAUAUGAGUGGCUAGUCACGAAGUUCAAAACUGCAAUGGAAUACACACCAAGAUGUACUACAACUGACCAAGAUCCAGCACUAAAAAUAGUAGUACCACACAUUAUGCCAACAACAAGGCAUAGAUUCUGUAUGUGGCACAUCAUGUCAAAAGUUGGGGAGAAGGUGGGGGUUGCAUUGUUGCACAACGCAGACUUCAAAAAGGAACUAAAUAACACCGUAUGGGAUGACACAUUAACGGUUGAUGAAUUUGAGCGGAGAUGGACAACACUAAUGAGGAACUACAAUCUUGAAGAACACCGGUGGUUUGCCCAACUGUACGAUGCACGUGCAUCGUGGAUACCUGCAUACUUCAAUGACUUACCGAUGGGAGGUCUACUAAGGACCACAUCACGGUCAGAAUCAGAAAACAACUACUUCGGUAAAUUUACAAACCACCAUAGCAGUUUGGUAGAAUUUAUGGCACAAUACAACAGUGCCAUUGGAGAACAAAGGCAUAGACAAUCAAAACUCAACGCAGAAAAUGAAGGUUCGUACCCUGAAACUAAAACCCCUCUGAGUAUUGAAAAGCACGCUGCUAGAGUUUACACCGUUAAUAUAUUCUAUGAAUUCCAACAAGAGGUAUGGGAUGCCAGCUUCAACUGCCACAUUACCGACAAGAAUAACGUAGGUGACAUAUGGACUUACAAAGUUGAAGAAACUGGUGGAAGACUGUUUGAAGUAACAGAAAUCCCAAGCACGAAGCUAAUAGAGUGUGCAUGCAAGAAAUUCAAUCGUGUCGGUCUACUCUGCAAGCAUGUGCUACAAGUGAUGAAGACAAAAGGGUAUGAAAAAAUCCCACAACAUUAUAUCGUCCCACGAUGGACACGAGACGCAUGUGCACACCCAAUAUAUGAUGUCCCAUGGGCAAAAAGAACACCCAAAUCCAAGGCAAAUGAAACAACACAAGUUGCAAAUCAACUAUGGAAUGAAUUCUACAAUUGCAUGGGAUUAGUGAAUGGUUGGCCAGAAAAGAUGGACCAAAUGUUGGCAACAUUGCAACAACUCAAGAAGGACCUAGAAAACGAAAGGCAACAAACACAAGAGGGUCUGAACAAUGAAUCCGUGUUUGAAAGACUAGUCGGAUCAAGCAAACUGAGCGACAUACAAAUAAAACCCCCCCAAGUUGCAAAGAACAAAGGGAGUGGGAAGAGACUCAAAAGCAACCGAGAAAAAGCCGCCACGAACAACCAAAAGAGAAAGGAAAGAACAUGCAACAUAUGCGAUCUCCCGGGGCACAACAGCCGCACCUGUCCAGCUAAACUUGCAUAA